UUCAGAGUAGCAACAUAAACACAGAUCAGACACUCCCCCUCUCAAGCAGGAGACUAUCUUUUGCCUACACCUCUCUCUCUGUGUCCCCUCCCUUUCUUUUUCGAGGGCUUUCGCUCUCGAGAAAGAAAGCCUUAUUCAAGCUCUGGUUAUCCUUAACAUUCACUCGUCCCUCUUAUCCUACGCCCACAUCUUGCAGCGCUCGCAGUAGCAUCCCCAUGUGUUCGUACAUUCGGUUCUUCUUCCUCAAAUGAAUUGUGAUCACAGGAUGCGCUAUCGGCUGUGCCCCGGAGUUCCCAUUACAGAGAAGUAGCUCAAAAGUUGUAGUUCGUAGUUGGAAUCCUUUAUUCACUUUUAGAAUUUAGGAAUCUGGGGUCAAGGAUUCCAUUCGAUGGCGUGGACGGAGACUGGUGGUGGUAAUGGCAGAGAGAGAGACACCACUGAUGAUAAUGACUUGUUGAAAGGAGAACGUCCUUCUACUGAUAAGAUUUGUUCUCCAUUAUCUCUCUCUCCGGUACAGAAAAAGUUGGAAGGGAAGGAUGCUUUGUCUUAUGCCAACAUCCUUCGCUCCAGGAAUAAGUUUGUGGAUGCUCUCGCUAUCUAUGAAAGUGUCUUGGCUCAGAAUAGUGGGAAUGUUGAAGCUCACAUGGGCAAGGGAAUCUGCCUUCAGAUGCAGAACAUGGGUAGUCUUGCUUUUGAAAGUUUCACAGAAGCAAUUAGGCUGGACCCACAAAAUGCAGGUGCUCUCACUCAUUGUGGUAUUCUGUACAAAGAUGAAGGUCGCUUGCUGGAGGCUGCUGAGUCAUAUCGGAAGGCUUUAAGAGCAGAUCCCUCCUACAAACUAGCUUCAGAAUGCCUAGCAAUUGUCAUGACAGAUCUUGGCACCAGCUUAAAAAUUGCUGGCAACACUCAGGAGGGAAUCGAAAAGUACACCGAAGCUCUUAGAAUAGACCCCUGCUAUGCUCCUGCCUAUUACAACCUAGGGGUUGUUUAUUCAGAGAUGAUGCAAUAUGAUAUGGCUCUUGGUUGCUAUGAGAAGGCUGCAGUGCAGAGGCCUAUGUAUGCUGAGGCAUAUUGUAAUAUGGGUGUCAUCUAUAAAAACCGUGGGGAUUUGGAGUUAGCUAUUGCUUGCUAUGAGAGGUGUUUGGCUGUGUCACCGAACUUUGAGAUUGCGAAGAAUAAUAUGGCAAUUGCCUUGACAGAUUUAGGAACAAAGGUCAAACUGGAGGGAGACAUGAAUCAAGGUGUGGCAUACUACAAGAAGGCUUUGAGUCACAAUUGGCACUAUGCAGAUGCAUUGUAUAAUCUUGGUGUUGCGUAUGGUGAAAUGCUAAAGUUUGAUGAGGCAGUUGUGUUCUAUGAACUUGCAUUGCACUUCAAUCCCCACUGUGCAGAGGCAUGCAACAAUUUAGGAGUAAUCUACAAGGACAGAGACAACCUUGACAAAGCCUUGGAGUGUUAUCAGAUGGCUUUGUCAAUCAAACCAAAUUUCUGUCAGUCUCUAAACAACCUUGGCGUUGUAUACACUGUCCAGGGUAAAUUGGAUGCUGCAGCAACCAUGAUUGAGAAAGCUAUAGUUGCAAAUCCCACAUAUGCUGAAGCAUACAACAACUUAGGGGUUCUUUAUAGAGAUGCAGGCAACAUUUCUUUGGCUAUUGAAGCAUAUGAUCAAUGCCUUAAGAUAGAUCCUGAUUCUCGUAAUGCUGGGCAGAACCGGUUGCUUGCGAUGAAUUACAUAAAUGAGGGCAAUGAUGAUAAACUUUUUGAAGCUCAUAGGGAUUGGGGUAGGCGGUUUAUGAAGUUAUAUCCACUGUACACAUCUUGGGACAAUCCAAAAGAUCCAGAGCGGCCACUUGUCGUUGGAUAUGUCUCUCCAGAUUAUUUUACUCAUUCAGUAUCAUAUUUCAUUGAAGCACCACUUGUCCUUCAUGAUUAUUCAAAUUACAAGGUGGUUGUGUAUUCUGCAGUAGUAAAGGCGGAUGCCAAAACUGCUAGGUUUAAAGAUACGGUUUUAAAAAAUGGUGGGUUGUGGAGAGAUAUUUUUGGGGUUGAUGAGAAAAAGGUCGCAAAUAUGGUUAGAGAAGAUAAAGUUGACAUCUUGGUUGAACUCUCUGGUCAUACAUCUAACAAUAGAUUAGGAAUGAUGGCUUGCAAACCAGCACCUGUCCAGGCAACCUGGAUUGGCUACCCAAACACCACUGGUUUGCCUACCAUCGACUAUAGAAUCACUGAUUCAUUAGCUGAUCCACUGGACACUAGGCAGAAGCAUGUUGAAGAGCUAGUUCAGUUACCUGGGUGCUUCCUUUGUUAUACACCAUCUCCUGAAGCUGGUCCUGUUUCUCCAACUCCUGCUCUUUCUAAUGGUUUUAUUACUUUUGGGAGUUUUAAUAAUCUUGCGAAGAUAACACCAAAAGUCCUGCAAGUUUGGGCAAGGAUACUUUGUGCAGUUCCUAAUUCCAGACUAGUGGUGAAGUGUAAGCCAUUCUGUUGUGAUAGUGUAGGACAGAGGUUUCUUUCAACACUGGAGCAGUUGGGACUGGAAUCACAACGUGUUGAUCUCCUGCCACUAAUCCUUCUCAACCAUGAUCAUAUGCAAGCAUAUUCCCUCAUGGAUAUCAGCUUGGACACUUUCCCAUAUGCAGGAACAACCACAACAUGUGAAUCUUUAUACAUGGGGGUUCCAUGUGUCACUAUGGAAGGUUCGGUGCAUGCCCAUAAUGUUGGUGUGACUCUUCUCAGUAAGAUUGGUUUGGCGCAUCUGAUUGCCAAAACUGAAGAUGAAUAUGUCCAGUUGGCACUGCAAUUAGCCUCUGAUUUUAUGGCUCUCUCAAACCUGAGGAUGAGUCUCCGGGAUCUCAUGAUGAAGUCCCCUGUCUGUGAUGGACCAAACUUCACCCUGGGUUUAGAGGCAACAUAUCGGAACUUAUGGCGUAGAUAUUGUAGAGGUGACGUGCCUUCCUUAAAGCACAUGGAAAUGCUACUGCAGCAGCAGGUGCCUGAAGAGCCAGCGGUGAAAUUAUCAGAGCCCACAAAGAUCACAACCCCGAGGGAAAAUCCUCCAGCAUCUGUCAAGACUAAUGGCUUUAAAACUGUGCCGCCAUCUGAAUGAACCUUGCCACCCUGGGAGAGGUCAGAUAAUGCAGACUAUAAUCUGGAAAAUUGAGAUGAGAUUACCCUGUUUAACCGUGUGAUAUUGCAUGAUUGGUGGAAUAUAUUAUGCGGUCAAAGAGAGUAAUAUUGCCUUUGUGCUGAGUCGUCUCCUGCUCUUAUGU